CUGUACGACGCUCUUUUAAAUACAAUUAUGUUUGUUUGUCAGCUUAAAUUAUUCGAUUUUAUCAUUGUACAUUUUCCGAUAUAAACCUGUGAGAGCACAUCAUGUACUACGUGUUUAAUGUUGUAAAACAUUAAAAUAUUUUUAUUGUGACAAUAUGGUGGACAAACUCUAAAUAUUAGAUUACGCUUGGAUCAUUGUGACAAUAUGGUGGACAUUAGAUUACUUUUGGAUUAGCGCAAAUACACAAAAAAGGAACUAUGGCGGCAAAGGUCAAGGACAGGGUGGGAACAUUUUGGAGCAGUGUCAACAGGAAGAAGACCAUUACGGAAGACUUUCAUGAUACACCGCUGAAAAAAUGUUUGAGUACUUUCGAUAUGACCCUUCUUGGCGUCGGACAGAUGGUCGGGGCCGGAAUAUACGUUCUUACAGGAACUAUUGUUAAAGACCUCGCUGGGCCAGCUGCAAUCUUGUCCUACCUUUUCGCAGGAAUCGCCGCCAUUUUGUCAGCGCUUUGUUAUGCCGAGUUUGGUGCCCGGGUACCGAAAGCUGGUUCCGCCUAUUCGUACACAUACAUAGCCAUAGGUGAAAUUUGGGCGUUUGUAAUUGGAUGGAAUGUUGUUCUGGAACACUUGCUUGGAGCAGCUUCUGUUGCGCGCGCAUGGAGCGGUGCCAUUGAUGCACUCUUUAAUGGUGAAAUCAGAAAAAGCACGUUAGAAAACGUCGGAUACCUAAGUCAUGGAUCACCGUGGAUUUCUGAUUACCCGGAUUUUAUUGCCAUGUCAAUCACUAUACUAAUUUUUGCAGUUAUAGCUUCCGGGGCAAAGUUCACUGUACAUUUCAACACGGUGUUCACAGUAUUCAACUGUGUAGUCAUACUAUUUUUAGUAUGCGCGGGAUUUGCAUUUGCGGACGAACGAAACUGGACGGAACAUGGCGGUUUCUUUCCAUACGGAUUCGGAGGAGCACUUGCCGGAGCAGCAACAUGUUUUUACGCAUACAUUGGAUUUGAAGGAAUCGCAGUCUCAAGCGAAGAAGCGAGAGAACCCGAGAAAUCUAUCCCCAUAGCAACCAUUACCUCGUUACUAGUUGUGUCAGUGAUUUAUAUACUAGCAACCACCGCACUAACUCUAAUUGUACCAUAUUAUAAGGUAGAUCCUGCUGCCGCAUUUCCCGCCGCCUUUGCUACACGUGGUAUCACGUGGGCGAAAUAUAUAGUUGGAAUCGGAACUCUGUUUGGAAUUACCACCUCUCUACUUGGCAGUGCAUUUUCUCUUCCGCGUGCAGUGUAUGCCAUGGCGCAAGACGGUCUUUUAUUCAAAUCACUAGCUUAUGUACAUCCAAAAUUCCAAACGCCCGUCUUGGCUAUAGUAAUUUUUGGAUCCAUUUCUGCUUUGAUGGCAUUACUAUUUGAAAUAACUACACUAGUAGAAUUUAUGUCAAUAGGAACAUUGACUGCGUAUACAAUCGUAUCAGCUAGUGUUAUUGUUUUAAGAUACCUUCCGGUCUAUAAAUGCCAGUUUAAACUGAAACCGGAAGAAGAACAGCAAAUGCCGGAUGAUACCUCCCCUACUGAAGAGUCUUCUAUAAUUAGAAAAUCAAAAAGUCAAGAUGACUUCGGAAAACUAAAGCACAAAUUACGUGCAUUUCCUAUCUUAAACCAGUUUGAAGCAGGAAAUGCAGUGAUGAUUGCAACCUUUCUCUUAUUCGUUAGCAUCGUAUGCACAAACGCAUUAUUGAUAUUCGGAUAUGACUAUAUAAGUCAAGGUUCCUGGUGGGCUAUUCUUCUGCUGAUAGUGUUCGUUGCCAUGGUGGUCACGUGCUAUCUUGCGAUGGUUGCGCACGAGAAGAAUGACGCUUUCCUAACAUUUCAGAUUCCCCUUGUCCCGUUGAUACCAGCACUAAGCAUAGCCUGCAAUACAGCAUUAAUGAUGAAGCUUGGCUAUCUUACUUGGAUACGACUUGGAAUAUGGAUGGCCGUAGGUUUUCUCGUCUAUUUUGCCUAUGGUAUGCGAAACAGUAUUGAAGGGAAACCAAUCACUUAUGGUCCCAUGAUAACAUACGGCGGCGAGGCGGAUAUGUCAACGGGUACUCUCUCAAGACUUGAUGAAGAAGUCGUUCAACAGCAGCCUGACGUCAAAGAAGACACGAAAACUUAUGGCACCUAACCCUCUGGGAGGAUUACAAAUAAGUGCGUACGAGAAAGAAAAAAAAGACAAGACAAGCCAGAACAAAUGCCAAAAUAUGUAUGCUGAAGACUAUCGGAGAGAAAUAAAGAAAUGUUUACAGACAUUAGUGUUCUUUUAGCAAAUAAAUAUUGCUAAAUAAAUUGUGUAUUAAAGUAAGCUUUAUGUUGUAAGGCUUAUAGUGCUUGUAAGUUGUGUUAUGUCUCGUGCUGUAAUACACUGCCUUUAUACAUUAUUUAGAGACAGUGUGAAAGAUGCUACUGAUCGUACAUAUAUAAGAAGGGUAUGACCACACUAAUAGUUUAGUUCUUGCCUGACGCCAAACUCCAAGCAGCGACUAUUUCUCUUCACUACCGUCAGAAAUACCACAUGAGCAUAAAUAUCACAUGACCUUUGAAGGGAAAUUCAGAUAUUGUUGGUAAUAAUAUUUGGAAAGCGAAAAAAAAAACAAGUAAAAAAAAAAAGAAAGAAAAAAAAACCACACCACCACCACCAACAACAAAACAGAAAACAAACAAACAAACAAACAAAUAAAAAACUAGUUAUAUUUAUUCCAAAGCUACAUAUCCUGACAUGACAUAGGUAUGACACCUUGCCAAUUUCAUGAAUAUAUAUUUAUUAUUUUAUCCAGAAAAUAAAUACAUUUUGUUUGUAAUAUACGAAUCAAAGACACAAUUUCCAAUAAAAUAUAAACUAUAUGAUGUUUGAGGAAUUCAGAGGGAGUUGUAUUUUACAUGAGUCUCUCGUUAUGGUAGAUCGGUUAAUUAAUGUUAAACUUAAACAUUUACUCGUGCAUAUAUUCCAUCAAUAACAUUUUACACAAUAAUGACAAGAAACCAGUAAUCACUCUGUUUCGCAGUUAAUUCUUACUAUAGACAAUUCUGAUGCAUAUACAAAAACAUUUUUUCCGUUUACAGUCCUUGGAAAAAAUUGCACGUAAAACAUAUUUGUCAGUUGUUCAUAAAAACAGUGUCUCUUUUCUAUUCAUCAAUCUGUUCACUUUUAACUUUUUUGGAUUAUCAAAUACAUGCAAGUACAGUUUAUUGUAUUUCCUCUGCUUGUGAAAAAGAAAAAACCUUUACAUAAUACCAUUUUCUGAUUUUGAAACUUUACAUAAAACCAUUUUCUGAUUUUGAAACUUUACACAAUGCCAUUUUCUGAUUUUGAAUGUGACAAACUGAAACCAGCCAGGAAUUGGAAACAAGAAACAUUUGAUAUCGGUCAAAUUUCAUUAUCAAGUGCAAUAAGGUAUAACUGUUUCACGAAACAGACUCACUCAAACCGAGUCUGCUAUGAUUUUGCUUGAUUGCAUUCUGUGCCUCCAAAGGAUCUUCUUAUUAUAUCAGACACACUGGUUGUGUUUAUGUAUCCAGAUUUCAUUCAUAUUCUAAAAUUAUAGUUGUUUUGUCAAUAUAUUAUAUAAAUGUUACUAUUUUUAAAUAUAUUUUAUUGUAAAUAAAUAUUUAUUCGAGUAAA